AUGGCAUCAACAAAUUUCAUGUUCGUUGGUCCUAACACAAAGCUACCAUUUAUACUAAUACUGCUUCUAGCCAUUUUCUUAUGCUCAGAAUCAAGGCUCGAUCAUGGGCUGCUUCAAGAAACCAACAUGACUCUUUACAUUCACGACUACUUUUCCGGCCCAAACACGACAAGCAUCGCAAUUGGCGUGCCGUCUGAUGACCAUUGGGUUGUGAAUAGCUUCGGCACCAUGUAUUGCACUGACAAUCCAGUGACGGAGGCCCCUGAGGCCGACUCCGAUUACGUGGGCCGGGCUCAGGGCACUUUUGUGAGUUCAGCCAUGGACGGAUCAAACAGUCAAGUAGUGAUGUCAAUUGCGUUUGAGACAAAUGAAUUCCGGGGAAGUACUCUACAGAUACAAGGCGCUGGUCCUCAAAUGCAGAGUGUUAAAGAGGUGUCUGUUUUGUCCGGUACAGGUGCAUUUCGGUAUGCUAGAGGUUUUGCCACGUUCGAGACUAUUUUUUAUGACAGGGCAGCUAAUUAUUCAGUUGUGGAAUGGAAUAUUACUAUGGAGCAUUACUGA